AUUCAGGCAGGUUAAGAUCCAUAGCCUCCCACGACUUCCUUGUUCGACCAGAUAGUGUAAUCCCCACACAGCAAGAGCAGUAAUGAGCGGCCUUGAAAAGUCUCUUUUCCAGCUCAAGUUCACCGCUAAGUCUCUGCAGCGCCAAUCCAAAAAGGCGACAAAGGACGAAGCAGCAGAGAAGGUCAAGUUGAAGAAAGCCCUAUCUCAGGGCAACGCCGAGGGAGCACGCAUCUACGCAUCCAAUGCGAUCCGGAAAAAUAAUGAGAGUCUGAAUCUGCUGAGGUUGUCCAGCCGCAUCGACGCUGUAGCAAGUAGGGUGGAAACGGCGGUCACGAUGAGGGGUGUGACGAGCAGUAUGGCUAGUGUGGUCAAAGGGAUGGACAAGGCCAUGGAUAGCAUGAACCUAGAGCAGAUCUCAAUGGUCAUGGAUAAGUUCGAGACCCAAUUCGAGGAUCUAGACGUUCAGACGUCAUACAUGGAGGGUACAAUGGGCUCCUCUGUGGCUUCCUCCACGCCCCAAGAUCAAGUCGAUCUUCUGAUGGCAAAGGUAGCAGAUGAGAAUGGCAUCGAGUUCGGUCAGAAGAUGGGAGAGGUUGGACUGGAGGGCAGAGUCAAGGAAUUGGAGCAUGAGAAGGGUCAAGGCGCUGCUGUCAAGGAGGACGGAGAGGAGGACAAGCUGGCGCAGAGAUUGAGGGCUCUUAGACCGGCAACGUGAUA